UUUUUCCAUUGACGGCCGCACACUUAAGAUUAAGAUUAAAGUACCAAUGAUUGUCACAGACACACUAGAUGUGGUGAAAUUUGUCCUCUGCAUUUGACCCAUCCCCUUGGGGAGCAGUGGGCAAAAACAUUCAAUCAAGGGCCAUUUUGAUAUUCUACAUGUUCAAAACUCAUACAAUAUUAGUUAUUUUUUUAAAUUUUAAAAUAAAAAAUACACCCUGCAUGUCAGCUUUGACAUUACAACAUUUUCUCCUUACAAUACACAUGUUUGCUCAUUUAUUACAGUUUUAUUUUUUUACUAAGACCAUUUUUAGAAUUAGCGGCACUUUGGACAUCCCUGAUAUAUGCAUUGCAUUCAUUGUAGUAUUUCAUAUUGUUUUCUGCAUGUAAAUCAUUAUUUUUUCUCUAAAAUGUGUAUUGUUUCUGGAACGGAUUUACUAGAUUUGCUUUCAUUUUUAUGGUGAAAAAUUGCUUUGGUUUUCAUAUUCUGUUUUUGUUUGACCUUCUUGGAACGGAUUACUCGUGAAAAUGGAGGUCCCAGUGUAGUACAAUUGUGCAAGCGUCCAUUUGACACUAUGUUCACAGUUACUUGUUUACGGAUCUUAUUGUAGCCCUUCUUUAAGCCAGUCACAUGCACCCUGUUUAUGUCUUAGUUCACCAAGUCUAAAUGUUGGUGGCUUAUAUUGGGACAUGUGACACGUGGUGCUUUGGGUAGGUGGGGGUGAUUUCUCUGAAAAGCUUCCUGGCCAUCAAGCAGGCAGGAAUGUGUGCUUUGGUUGGUUGGAUCAAAUGUCAGCAGCUGUAAGGGUGUAUAAAGGACAGGGCUGUGAGUUCUCAGCUAGUGUGCACAUAGUCUGACAUGACAUCAUAAGAAGAAAGACUAAGAAAAGUAGAGCAGAUUCUGUUAUUUUGUUAAAAAAAAAAAACUGACAAGGACAAUAAGUUUGAAUAUUAACUGAUAGCUGCUGAAAAACAACCUUCCUUCAUGGAUCUUCAGAGGACAGGGUCGCUGGUUCGCCCUCCGAGCCCCAUGGACAGCCUGGAGAAGCAGCUCAGCUGUCCAAUUUGCCUGGACAUGUUCACCAAACCAGUCGUUAUCCUGCCCUGCCAACACAACUUGUGCCGUAGCUGUGCCAGCGACCUCUAUGACUCGCGCAACCCGUACCGUUUCUCUGGUGGCGUUUUCCGCUGUCCUACAUGCAGGUUUGAGGUGGUGCUCGACCGCCAUGGCGUCCAUGGGCUUCAGCGGAACCUGUUGGUCGAGAAUAUCAUCGACAUCUACAAGCAGCAACAGGAAGUGAGUGGAAAUGGAAGAGAAACAGAAACCUCCUUGAAGCCUAAAGAGUCGAAGGAGCCGAUGUGUCAGGAACAUGAAGACGAGAGAAUUAACAUCUAUUGUGCGACCUGCCAGACCCCCACUUGUUCCAUGUGCAAAGUGUUUGGGCAGCAUAAAGACUGUGAGGUGGCACCUUUAGAAAGUGUUUAUCAGACCCAAAAGGGUGAACUGAGCAACGGCAUAGACACUCUGGUGUCCAGCAAUGCACGUCUACAAUCUCUACUUAUCCAGAUGGAAGAUGCUUGCCGCGCUGUACAGGAAAAUGCACAGCGUGCUAAACAAGGCUUAGCUGAGCGCUUCGACCUGUUGUACGCUGUCCUGGAAGAGCGAAAAACCAUACUGCUAGAGCAGAUUGGCAAGGAGCAGGAUGAAAAGGUGGCUGCAUUACGGGCUUUGGCUCAGCGUUACGGCGAACGACUUCAAGCUAGCUCCGAUCUGACAGACUCAGCCGUGAGGGCGUUAGAGCAAAAUGGGGCUGCCGAGUUCCUGUUGGCAUCUAAGGGCCUCAUUACGCAGACCAAAGACGCAGCCAAAAGCUCAAUGGGCGAAGAGCGACCAGAGCCAGGCUUUGAAAAGAUGGAUCACUUCACCCUGUCCACGGAGCACGUCGAAGCCAUUCUAGCAAAGAUUGACUUUGGGUCAGGUGAUGAUGAAGAUGUGGAUUUUGAUGAUGCUGAUGAAGAGGAGGAAUGAUGGAAGUAAUGGUGGACUUGAUGAAAAGACUGAUGUGCUUUUGAAGGUUUGGUGACAGAAGUUUAGCAAGGACCUGUGAAUGUUAGUCAAGUCAUGAGGGAUGCAGUACUUUCAGUGCAAUAUUUCACAGCAACAUAACUUUCCUUUUUAUACUUUUCUACUUCUCAACCACUUGAAUGUUGGCGUCAAGAGGAAAAAUGUCAAGUUUAAUAUAAAGAAUGUCUCAGAUUGUGUUUUGCUUAUUUUUAUUGUAUAUUUAUCUAUGAAUAAGGAUGCAUGCCAUUAAAAAUCUUUAUUGUGAGCUCUACUCUUCAAACUACAUUAUAGGAAGUAUUUUUUUUUUUUGGAGUGUCCAUGUUGCUGCACUUACUUGGCUUUACACUGGAUUUAAAAAUAAAAGCAUCGC